GCUAUCUUCUGACACUUCAGUGAAAGUCGAAUGAAAUCUUGGCGGAGACGCCGACCGUACCCACAACGCGGACAAUAGUUGUUUCUUGGAGGUAACCUGGCAGGUUCCCCCCAUAGCGGAGACCAAUUAUUGCGCCAUGACAAGGAAGGGCUCAAGCCAAGUGGGAACUGCGAACAACAAAGCGACGAAACCGUGUCACCACCCAGGUGACGUAAUGUCGAUCCAUGCGACUUGGAUGCCACAGCGGAUCGCGCGGGUACGCUUUCUUUGCGGUGCCAGAGCGCUUCGCCUGUGGUCGUCUCAAGGAUUCCUGUCGAUAGGGAAUGACAGCCGAGUGAGUGCAAGUUAUUGUCCCUCAACGGACGCCAUGUCGGACACAGUAGCACGGCCGGUUGAGAAUUCAGUGAGUUGCGGGUUUACUCGGAAAAACAUGGGAGGAGACUGCUUUCUGAAGCGUUUUUCGCAAUGGUUCUGGUCGGCGUGGAUGAUCGCCGGCUCGGAGACCCACGAGGCCCUUGCGGAUCCCGCGAAUCGCCCUGGAGCCACAAAUGGUGCCUCAACCAGCGGUGCUGGCACUGCAAGAGCUUCCUCUACUGGAUAUGAGAAUGAUAUAAGACUGCCGGAACAGUCUGAGAACAAGCACAGUCAUCCCUGCAAGGCUUGCCAAACCUGGGGAGUCACCUGCGAUCAGCAGAAACCGCGAUGUUCGCAUUGCCUGGAUCAGCAGAUACUGUGCUUUUAUGUGACGCCUCCUCGCAGGUCAAUGAAACGGUCAACCAAGCCGCGUUCAGCCCACCUGGAGGUCGUAAAUUCCCCACGUUUGCUGGCGAAUUGA